GUUUUAAAAUAGUACUUCAUAUUUUUAGAGCGGCAACUCCAUUUGCUUUUGCAUUUUUUCCAAUGUGAUUGUGGAAGACGUUUAGUAGACCUAUAGGAAUUUCUAUCAUUUUCAAAAAGUAUUUUCAGAACUCUUAUUUGUGUUUAGUUAUUUUCUUAAUAUAUUUCUUAUUUCUAGACUAAGAACUCGCUCUUUUAUUUGGCACAGUAAAAUCUUCUCUAACCAAAGUAGCACUCUUAUUUGGCAAGAUGUCGGUGAUACUCUUCUGCAAUUUUGACAUGGAAAGAAUGUAUGUACCGUCGUAAAAGAUUUUUUUGGAUUUUGUAUGAGCUUACAAUCGUGUGAAUGUGUAAAUAUAAUAGGUAGAAAUACGCCAAUAUGAAUCAUCUCGCGGACGGAAAUGUUCAAACCAUCAAAUGCAGUCCGACUGCGAAAAACAAAAGCAAAAAGGCCAAAGAUCCUUCUGAAACGACUGACGAUAUAAGCAUAUUGGAUCAGGACAAGCUGAACGAAGUUUUGACAAAUUCUCUUCAUAUUAAUAAUUUCAACAAUAGUAACCUAACCAAUGGGACAAGUGACCAUUUGAAAAACGAAAUCUCCAACAAGACAUGUGUUAAAAUAGAAGCUCAAGGUGACAUAGUAAGUGAUGUUUCAAAUGAUGUAAAUAGUGUACAGUGUAUUGAUACUGCCAAGAAGCAGGCAGAGGAGGUCAGCUCCAAGCAGCAUGCCCUUAGUUCAUGUGAAAAUGCUUUAGAAAGCAUUGAUAACUAUGUCAAUAAAAAUGAUCAGGCUCUUCAAGAUGAUAUAGAAAUUAUAUCAUAUGAAUCUGAACUUCAAAUGCCUGAAAUCAUGCGACUUAUACAAAAAGAUUUAUCAGAACCAUAUUCUAUCUAUACAUAUAGAUACUUUAUACACAAUUGGCCUAAACUCUGCUUCUUGGCGACUCAUGAAGGGACUUGCAUUGGUGCCAUUGUAUGUAAGUUAGAUAUGCAUCGCAAUGUUGUCAAAAGAGGUUAUAUUGCUAUGUUAGCUGUGGAUGAGAAAUACAGGAAGCGAAAGAUUGGAUCUAAACUAGUUCGCAAAGCUAUACAGGCUAUGAUAAAUGACAAUGCAGACGAAGUGGUCUUAGAAACUGAAAUCACCAACAAACCAGCACUCAAGUUGUAUGAAAAUUUGGGCUUUGUAAGAGACAAACGCUUAUUUCGAUAUUACCUUAAUGGUGUAGAUGCAUUACGAUUAAAAUUGUGGUUAAGGUGAAAUGAGUAGGUAUCUAAUGGGAAAUUCUCAAUGUUGUGUUUACUAUGAGACCGAAGUCUCAAGCAUGUUAUACAUGUAAAAUGAUCCCUGCUGUUGUUGAAUGGUAUAACCUUUUAUUGCCAUGUGGAUUUAGCCAAAUGUAUAGUUUGUUUCACUUAUUUUAGUCAUGUGAUAUGUUUAAUUUUAUGUAAUUUAUGUGUUAAAAUUGUUAAUGAAAUAUUUUCUUCAAUUACUUUUAUAUCUUGAAUAUAAGAAUAUAAAUGGUUAAUAUCCAUACAAAAAUACACAACUUUGCAGAAUUGAAUUGUGGUUAAUGUUUAUUUACCCUUUAUCAUUUAUAAAAAUUAUGGUUAUGAGUAACCAAGUAAUAAUGAUAACUUAAGAAAAUUCUAGUUUAGUAAGUCUUACAUGCUGGGUGGCACUGAUUCACAGGCAGGACUGCUUCACAAGUAGCAUAAUAUUGGAGGUAUAUAUUAUUAAAAUAAACAUGCCAUAUUUAUCAAACAUUUUAUUCACUUAGUUUUAAAAAGUAAAAGUUGCAGUGUUUGUUGAUGAGCCAUCAUAAAUAAACAUAUUAUUCACUGGUUUAUAUUGUUUCGUGACAAUUUUGAUUGCUUCAUGGGCAACACAACCACCUAAAAAGGCAGAUACACUAUGUAUUUCAGCUCCACCAUAUCUGCACAUUUCAUGGAUAUGAUCAUCUUUUGGAAAAGGAGAACAGGAAAUAUCGCUGAGCAGUUUUGUGACACAUAUCUUUAACUUUGUAAUAUCACCUUCAGGUUCCCAAUCACCUGGUGCUCUAUAAUGCUCUGAACGAAACAUCUCUGCAGCUCUCAACAAUAUGUAGUGCACCAUCAUAACAUCAGGUUCCUCAAGAUACCUUGAAAUAUAUGCUGCAACUGGACCUCCUAAUUGAUAUUCAGUGGCAAUACAUGAACCCUUGAUUAAAUACAAAUCAUGUGUAUGCCUGCAAAACAGUUUAACAUCUGUUUCACUUAUACUUUCACAGUGCAGUUGUGCCACAAUUUGUUGUACUUUUCUAUAAACUAUCUCUGCAUCCAUUGCAGCCUGUGCUCUGUAUAUGUUUUGUAAUUUUAUAUAAUGCUCUGUAGAAGCUGUCAUAUCUGGCAAAACUCCCAGCAAAGGCAGUUUUCCUUUACCCUCUGCUUCAAUGAAUCCUCUUAAUGCAGAACACAUUAUCCAGAAUGGAGAGCUGUCUUUAUUUAAAUUAGUAGCAGAACUGCUGUAAAUGAGCUCCUGAAUUUUCACUGGUAGAAAAGUUGGUAGCAAAGCUGUAUUGACAGCUCUUAAUGCUUCUUCAAAGUUCUCUUCAUUAAUAGGUAUACCAUUUUCAUCUUUUCUAAUAAAUUCUUGAAUAAUCACCCUUAUUUCAUUUUUUUCCUUUCUACUCAUAGGCCAGCUAUUAGGGUUAGUUAUCUGCCAUUUUUGUAUAGCUUUAUACAGAAUGACAAUCCAAGGUAUAUGGCCAUGAUCUUUCAGAUCCAAUGAAUCAAUAUCAAAUCUAUUCAAAUAAUCUGCUAGAGAUUGAAAUGGUACAUCUAAACGCAAGUCCACUUGUUCAUUAUCUGGAUGAGUUUCAAUGAUUGCAUGCUCUUUCAAUUGUAUUCUUAGAGAACCAAGGAACCCAACAGAUCGACAUAAAAUAAACGGUAUAUUUAAAUCCCAUAAAUGUUGCGAUAAAUCUUGAAUAGUUUUUUCACUAAGAGAUGAAGCUAUUACAACACUGAAGGAUUUGAAAAAUUCUGGAUUUUCCGUUAGUAUUUGAUCUGGAGGUUCUUGAACUGCAUGUCCUUGCACGGCAGGAUUUAAUUCUAAUAGCAAGCGCAAUGCUUCUGAAGCUCUGUUAGAACCUUUACUUGAAUAUUCUAAAAAAAAAUUACUGUCUAUAUCCUCCUCACUCACUAUUUUUUCGUCCACAAUUGUUACGGAUCCAACACCAGGUAAGACGAUCGAUUUUAUUAUCUCAGUUCCAAGUGCAUUUGCAUUGAUCAGGCAUAUAUGACCGUUUUCAAGAGCUGCUUGUCCAUGAUCACCCCAUAGCCUAAGUUGCCGGUCGUAUUGCUUACUUUUCUCAUUUUGUUCUGGUGAUUUAGGAGAUGGAGAUGCCAUUACAACAGAUAAAAUGUUCAAUAUAUUACUAUAGUAUGUUUAAAACCACAGACGAAAGUAAUCAAAGCUGCUUAUAUAAAUUAAUUAAUUAAGGCUUUAUUUUAGGACCACCAAUGUAUUGACUGGAACAAAUUCCCAAGCAAACGAAAUGUCAAUGUCAAGAUAGA